UCCAGUUUGGACCAAUCAAAAGAGAUUUGCUGAAAGCGGGUUGCCAUUAUGUUUAAGGCAAAUCUUAAGACGUGGUACCGGCUUUUUUAACAAAAUUAAGAAAUACUGUUUAACACUUUUCUCAAGAGUGCUCAUGACAUGUUUUCAGAAUAAAGACAGAAGAAGAUUCUGGGCACUUGGAAAGGAAGCUAUCGAGGGGUGCAGGAUAUUUCUGACGCGUAUUCCGAGAUUUAGCUAGCUAGCUAUCAAGGUUGCUAGCAUACGCCAGAGAACACUGAGACGCGCCACAACGUUAGCUGACCGGCCUAGUUAGCGGCUAGCGAUGUCUUUCCGCCGCCAGAAUCAACAGUCUGGACCAAGUGGCCGCAAAACGUCUAAUGGACCUUCUGGAUCGGCCGGCAUGUCACCGACAGUUCCUGGGAGUAACACUACCAGACCAGCCCCUGGAAGGAACAGAAACUCUGUGAAGCCUCCCUCACAGUCUCCUCCUGUGUUUGAGGGAGUCUACAAUAACUCCCGGAUGCUUCAUUUCCUCACAGCUGUAGUGGGCUCUAGGUGUGACGUGCGGGUGAAGAAUGGCAGUGUGUAUGAGGGGAUCUUUAAGACACUAAGUUCAAGAUGUGAGCUGGCAGUGGAUGCCGUGCACAAACUAAGGACUGAGGAUGGGGAUGGCUGUGGAGGUGGUACAUCCACACACCCCAGGAGAGAGGAGAUCACAGACACAAUGAUCUUUAGCCCCAGUGAUUUGAUCACCAUGACCUGCAGAGAUGUGGAUCUCAACUAUGCUACACGAGACACCUUUACAGACUCGGCGAUCAGCUCGUCCAGAGUAAACGGUGAUCACAGAGAGAAGGUGCUGCAGAGGUGGGAUGGUGGAGACAGCAAUGGAGAGAACUAUGAUCUAGAUACAGACACAUCUAAUGGUUGGGAUGCCAGUGAGAUGUUCCGUUUCAAUGAAGAAACAUAUGGGGUGAAGUCCACCUAUGACUCAAGCCUCUCAAUGUACACGGUUCCCCUGGAGCGAGGUAGCUCGGAGGGUUUCCGGCAGCGAGAGGCGCGAGCUGCACAACUGGCCAGUGAGAUUGAGGCCAGUUCACAGUACCGCCACAGAGUGGCGCUGGAGAACGAUGAAGGGAGGAGCGAAGAGGACAAGUACAGUGCUGUGGUGCGGCAUGGAGGCGAGAGAGAGAGGGGGAGAGACAGCCCUGGCUUCUCCAACUCUGGGAGCCGGGAGGGCAAAUACAUUCCCUUACCCCAAAGAGCGAGAGAACGAGAAAUUGGUGCGUCCAGAAGUGAUCGAGAAAGAGGAGGACCCUCCUCCGCACUUCCUAAUCGAACAAACAGACCUGCCCCCUCAAGCUCGUCCCCCAGGCCGCCUCUUCCCUCUGGCAGUGGGCAGCCCACGCCGCCUUCUGAUAGGAACAGUCCGUUGUCAAUCAGAGGUGGAUACUCUCCCCACCAAGCACAGUGUAGCCCACCUGCUCAGCCCCGACCCUUAGAGGCAGGCCAUGCCAGUCCUCCUGCCCCACACUUGCUCCCCCAUUCCCUUUCACACCCUCAGUCUCUCUCUGAGUCUGCACGACCUGUUAAUGGAGUGUCAUCUAGAACAUCUCCCAAAUCUCAAAGGCCUGCACAACCCAGAAGCUUGCGCACGUCCAACUCUCACUCUUCACCUACAGUCUCACAUUCCCCUAAACCCGAUGCACCCAAUCAGGAUCCCCCUCUGACUGGUCCUACCUACCUGGACACCUCUUCAGUUAACAUGGUGACCCCAAAGCCCUCUGGCCCCACCCCACUCUUCCCUGUAGAUGUGAAUGAGAUUUUAUCCAAGGAGAGGACAGAAAGCCCUGCCAGUCCUCAGGAAGGCAAGGGCAGUAAAGCUGCCUCACUUCAGCAAAGGUCCCAGAUAGAGGAACUUCGCAAGUUUGGGAAGGAGUUCAGACUUCACUCUAGCUCCUCGCCCUCCAGCCCCAGUACUUCAGCCACGCCCAGUGAUCCUGCUCAGCCAAGCCCUACCCAAAGCACGCAGACAGACUCCACCCCCUCCACAGAGUCCAAAACGAUAUCGCCUACAGCUCCAUCACAGGAGCUUCCGUCAGAUGAAGCAGGCAGGGAAACGAGUGCUGAGGGUCCGGCUGCAGCCACCCCACCAUCUGUCACGCCCACCGUCACACCUUCUGCCACACCUGGUGGUGUUUCCCAACCCUCUGGUACAGAUGGACAAACAGCAGUGCCGCCCCAGCCUGCGAGGACACCAGGCAGGGAGGACGGCAGACCAGAGGCCGCAGACAGAGCGGAGGGUGUAGCCGAUCAAGUGAAGAAGUCCACAUUAAAUCCCAAUGCCAAAGAGUUCAAUCCUGCCAAGGCCCCUGUCACUAUGGUGAAGCCUUCUGCAACUCCCACAACUCCACGGCCCACACCUCCAAGCCCCUCAGUGGUGCUCCAGCCUCCUGCAGGACAAGGAGCCAUCUAUAGUCCUCAGUACCUUAGCUACGUUUCAACAAUACCCUUACAAGGCCACUCUGUGCAGGCCCCGCAGAUGUACCAGUAUGCCGUGUCUACCGUGAGCCAGGGAAAGUACCCCAGAGCUAAAGGCUCAGUGGUUGCCCCUCGUCCAGACCAUAACUCCUCGGCGCCUCCUAUGAUCCAGGCAGCAGCAUCGGCAGCAGGUCCUCCUCUUGUGGCUUCUCCUUAUCCUCAGUCUUACCUGCAGUAUAGCCAGGUCAUCCCUGCUAUGCCACACUAUCCUGGACAGCCGGUGUAUUCCAUGCUGCAAGGUGGAGCACGGAUGCUGAGUUCAGGGGGACACCCUCAGACUCUUGGACCUCCUGGUCCUCAAUACCCCGGCCAGACUGAGGGACCGCCAGGAGCCCAGCAGGGCAUGUAUGCCCCCCAGUCAUUCUCUCAUCACUCAGGCUCCAUGCAUCCUCCGCAGCCCUCCACCACUCCCACAGGCAGCCAGCCGCCCCCUCAACACCCCGCCCCCAGCCCAGGACAGUCUGGUCAAUCAGGUCCACAGCCACAGACCUUGUAUCAUUCUGCUCCCCUGUCAGCUCCCACUCCCCCUAACCUGCCCCCAGGCCACAGCUCUCCCCAGGCCUCAUACCCCCUCCAGGGCUACAGCCUGCCAGGACACCAGCCCCUACCCCACCCCUACCAGUCCAUUGGGCAGCUCACACAGGCUCAUGUCCAAGGAGCACUGUCGGGUCCUCACCACUCUGGGGGUCAUGGGCCUCCCCCGAUGAUGCUGCUUCAUGCUGCUCCUCCUCCCCCUCAGCAGGGUUCCGGUCCUGGCCCCCAGCACCCUACACAUGCACCCCCACCACCCCAACAAGGAACUCAUCAGCACUACACCUACAUCGGGCACCCGCCAGCUGUGCAGGUGCAGCCCCACCCUCCUCAACAGAUGCCCUUCCACCCUCCUGGAAACUGAGUCAGAAUUCAGGCUCCAUCUGCCCCUGAUCUUUGGAGUGAGAGUUUCUCUUGCUGAUUCUGGACCAGGCUCACCUACACACUAACACACACACACAUGCGCACACACACACGCACACACACACACACACAGAGACACACACACAAAACCUCUUUCCCUUUGCUCCAGAAACAGACUUUUUUUGUUUUUAUUCUUAUCCAUUGGAAGGACUUUCCUUUUUUCUUUAAGUUGAAAGGACGGGCACACAGAGUGUGUCUAAAAUGGAGGGAAUGAGUGAAAGAGUGAGAAUGACCAAGUGAGCAUGAUGGAAUGAAACAAAGCUGAAAGAAUGAGAUGUUUUAUAAAAAAUAGCAAGAUUUCUCCCUUCCUCCUCAACCCCUAAUUAAAUAAAUAAUAAAAUGUCUAAAAAAAGGAAAAAAAAAAUAAAAUAUACCAAAAAUAAACAAAAUUUCAAACUC